GCAGCGUAGUGGAGUGUGCAGAGAGCGUCGUUUCUCUGGUCACCUGCGACGAGACGGAAAAAGACACACUAAUAAGUACCAAGAGCACUGUCAUCUCGGCCCACACAUGGCCCAGCUGCCCCCACAUGGGGAGCGCAGUGGAAGCGGCUGGAGAAGUGAGCUGGGACGGCCCCCGGGGGGGUACGACCCGCCUGGUAGAGCCCCCAGUCUGCUGUCCCCAACCCACCCAGAUAUGUGGGACAUCAAAGCUCAGUCCUCAGCAUGGAGCAUAGAUGGAGCUCAUUCAGGGUCUGGGACCUUCUCCACCCGCAGCGGCAGCUCUCCAUACAGGGAGUGUGUGGCAAGUCCUGACAUCUCCACAGGAAUGAAACGCUGGCAGUCCCUGUCCCGCCUGGGACCGGAGGGCGCCGUGCGGACCCUAUGCCCCUCUCCGAGGGCAGACCUGUGGUCCCCGCUGUGUAAGAGUGGGACUUGGAGGGAGACAACUGGGCAGAGGCUGUGUGGGACUCAUGGGCGUCUAGACAGCCAGACGGAGCUGCUAGGGCCCAGGGAAGUGCAGCUGCAACACUGCCAGUCCAGCACACAGCUGCUGGAACUCAGACACAAGCAGCUGGCGGAGGCACUGAGUGCCCUGGAGCAAGAGAAGGACACAGCAAAGCCAAGUCAUGUUGAGGACAGCCCUCGACAUAAAGAUCUUCAGGAGAAGGUCCAGCAACUGGAGCUAGAUAUGAUGAAGAUGAGGAUGACUCUGGAGAGGGAGAAGACUGUCCUCCUCAGCCGAUCUGUGCCCACAGUGCAGGAAGACAUCUAUGGAAAGCAGCAGCAGGCCGAGAAAGAGCUGAAGGAGGCGAGACCGGCCCUGAGAAAGCUUCAGGGGAAGGUGGCGGCUUUGGAGGAAGAACGGGAGACAGCCCUCCGGCAGGUUCGCCUAUCUGAGGAGAGCCGACUGGCAGCUCUGACUGAGAUGGAGGGCUUGAACCGGAGGCUAAGCAAUUCAGAACAGGCCCAGAUCAAGCUCCAGGACCAGCUGAGUGAGGCCCGUGGUCAGCUGGCCCAGGCCGGCCUGGAGAGAGACCUGCUGUCCUCCAAGGUGGUCAGGCUGGAGGACACUGUGGAGGACCAUAAGGUGAAGCUAUCAGAGGCCUUGGCUGACAAGGAUCGCCUCCUACAGGAGAAGGCUGAACUCCACUGGCGGGCGCAGAGCCUGGAGCUGCAGCUGGACAGUGCCCAGAAGAGCAGGGAGGCCUUCAGUGGCGAGCUUGGUGAGCUCCACAGAGAUCUAGCGGACGCCAGGGCCCAGGCCAAGCGCAAGGAGGAGGAGGCGGCGCAGAUGCAGGAGGAGCUGCGGAGGAAUGAGCAGCUGAAGGAGGGUCUGAUGGUGGAGCUCGCAGAGGAGAGACGGAGGCUGCAAGUGGAGUCAGCGAGGUUGCGGGAGCUGGAAGCGGAGAGGCCGCUCCACACAGAUCGGAUCGCAGCCCUGGAGAAGGAGAAAUCGCAGCUGGCCAGCCAGAUGGGGGCACUGCAAGCUGCUGCCCGGCAGGGGGGCCAGGAAGUGACAGCACUGAGAGGGAGGUGUGAGGAGCUCAGGAAAUCCUGCAAUGCUCUUCACCAAGAAAAUAAGGAGCUGCUGAGUCAGUGUCAAAGCCUGGAUGCCAGAAUUCUGGACAAGGAGGCGGAGCUCCGGAGGAAGGGGGAGGAGCAUAAGCGGAUUGACGCAGAGAUGGCAGAAGAGCUGGAGAACCUGCGUCGAGUGGGGUCACAGUGGAAGGGGAGGUGGAGUGAGGUGGUUAAGGCAUUGCAGGCCUCCCAGGAAGCGCUAGAGGGCGCCAAGGAGCAACAACACCACUGCCAUCACCCUGCAGACACGUUGAAAAAGGAGCUGGCACAGCUGGCUGCGGAGGUGGAGAAACUUCAGAGCGAGGCAGAGAGUAACCAGAAGGAGAUUCAAACCCUGUCGUGGCAGAAGGCAGAAGCAGAAGCAGAACUCAGCAUGGUCAAAGGGGAAGGUGGCGCUCCAGGCAGGGUGGAGCUGGAUGCCUGCAGACGGCAGCUGGAGCUUGAAAGGAGCAGAAACCGGAAGCUUUUGCAAAGACUGACGGGAACCAGCGGGCCAUUGGAGGGACGGACGGGUGCGUUUUUGCUGAGAUACCCAAUAGAGAGUGAUUCUGAUUCUACCGAGACUGGUCAGGGGGUGAGACACCUGGGAGGUGCUGGCUUCGUGUGGCCUCUGAUUGAGCCUUUAUUCGUCAUAGCUUCUCCUCCAGCUACCUCAGAGGGAAGGACUUACAGAUACUCCUCUCAAAAUGAUGCAGCUGUUCAGAUGCAGGAGAAAGGAACAGAGACGGAUUCUUCCAGUCCUCCCAUGGAGCAGGCGCAGUGGUCCACUGCCACACGGGCGCCAGAAUCCCCCUCAAACCUCCAGGAACCGGUCCAGACCUUAAGGGAGACCUCCCUGGAGGAGGUGGAUGGAGAGCUGAGCCAAGUUCAGGAGGAAAUACAGGAAGUAUGGAACGUGCCACGGUUGCAAGUUGGGGACGUGGAGGAGCAGCAGGGAGAGUUGCUGUCACCAGGGGGGCAGGUGUCCCAGAAAAGUAGGGAGGUGCACAGAUUGGAACAGCAGCUGACAGAGCAGGAGCACAAGCUAGAGGAGAAGGAACAAGCUUUGAAGAAUCUCGAAAGACUGAGAGAUACAGAGCAGGCAGAAUCCCAGAGCCAGAUCACCUCCCUGGAGUUAAAGGUGGCAGAACUGAAGGAGCAGAUGCAGAGGGCUGGAAGUGUGGGACGUACCAAUUGCUCCAAGCUAGAGUCUACAGGAUCAGUUACAGAGAGCGACACAGGAACUGUGCAUUUGCCGCCAGAGGGGGACCUGGCAGUGCAGGGACUGCAACAGGACAGAAGACGGAGCGGAUCCCCCGAUAUCAGGAGGGAGAUCCGGCCGAAGUACAUCGACCAUGACAACCAGAUGCGGCUGGUCACUGAGCAGCUGAAAAGUCUGUUCCGGGAGAGGGAGCAGCUGGGAUGGGUGAACGACACAUCGGCACGGAAGCGGAGAGAAAGUCGAUCACUACAGGACCGGGCUACGAAAUCGAAGCUAAUCAAGAAUGUUUUAGAAACAAUACAGAGCCAAAACACAGAGGAACAGGAGCUUCUUCGGGAGAAGGGGCGCCUACAAAGGGCAGUGCUGAGUGGUGCAAUAUUGGACCAGCAGGGGGAGCCAGAACCGCAGGAACAAACAGCUCAACAUAAAAUGGGCUCUAAGCAAGACUAAAGUGAAGUUCUUAGGUUCAGACUAUACCGAUGCAGCAUUAUCAAAUAAUUAGGUCUGAGGACAAACGGCCAAUCAGAUUUAAAGACGGUAUUAAGUCCUGUACCAAAGCCCAAUGUGCAUGCUGUCAUUGAGUUGGAAACGUGAGCUUAAAUGGUGCCACAUAGGCGACUCUAGGUUUUCCCCCUAGGGAAUGCAAGAUGAGAGCUCAACUAGUAAUUCAUCCAAAUAAAUACAUUUGUAAAAAUAAAAAUAAAAAAUGUAAAUACG